AAAAUAUUUGCAAAACAAAUAAAAGGCGGGGGAGAGAAAAGUACCCAAAGGGCCAAAGUGAUCAAGAAAAGGAGAAAUAUGCGAAAAGGAAGCAGAAGAGUCACAUGGGUUUCCAAUACACAGCGACCAAACGAGCCUAAAAGCUUUGAAUUACUCAACCAAAACCCUAAUGCUAAAAGCUCUUCAACCAGUUACGAGCCCGGGCGAAGAAACUCUCAUCGGACACGUUAACAGAAGCUUUAGGCUUUGGUUUUGAUUGCUUACAUUAUGAUUUCAAGGUUGUUAGACUUGUAUCGUGCUCUGUUCCUGUUGAAAUUUAUUCUGCAAUUAGGAAUUCCUGGGAAAUCAUUAGGCAUAAUCCCACGGAUACUCCUUAUGCCUAUGAAGAGGUAUGAUGGCUUUUGAUCUACACAAGGAGGCCUUUAUUUGUAACAUUGGGCUGCCUAUCAGCUCUCAAAUUGCUGUUAUUGUUGACUUGGAGAAUUCUGUUGCUGUUUGUAACCUUGAUCAAUUGCAUAAUCAGUUUAGCUUGUGGACAUUAGACGAUGAGGCAUGCCUUAGUGGUGGAGGUGGAAGUAAGGCAUCAUGGACGACGAAGUUCAUUGUUGAUUUAGGCGUGCCACUAGAUCUUGGGGAAGGUGUUUUCAACAUUGUUGAGUUCUUGAUACAACCUCAAGAACUUGGACGUCUAUGGUUUUCAUACAACUCUGAGAAGAAAGUGGGCAAAAAUGUCAAUGUCAAUUCUUAUUCUGAGAAGUAUACAGAGAGCUUGCUUUCUGUUGCAGGACCCGAACUAAUCAGGUGACCUAAUCUGAUUACGAAGAUGAUGAGAGAUGUAUUAUUUCAGCUUUUUACUAAUCUACAUUAGUUUAGUUUCUUAAGUCUCGUUGUAUUUCCUUUGUCAUUGUUAUCCACGAGAAUUGACCUGUUUGACUUAUCUUAUUUUUCAGAAAUUAAAAAAGUACGUAAAUAUAAAGUUGUUUCUCGACCCACUCGUAAACAUACUAAGAAUUGUAAAGAGAUUGCUCAAUGCCCAGAACUCAACAAACUGUAAUAAUCUUGUUAGCAAAACCCUAGACUUCUAAAUUCUAAUUUGCAUUAAGGUGCAUUAGAGCAACCAUAACUGGGCUCAGAAUCUCAUGUUGUUGCUAUAAUUGAGAGCAGGAUAGCGAGGAUCAUCUUCCGGACUUGUAGUUGGCUCUCCAAAAAUUCUCAACAAAUCUGGCGAGCAAUAUGAAGUACUAAAGCCUGGUGGAUAAUCAAGGCUGUUGUGUUGAUACAAGUCUGUAUGAAUAGAUAUGAAAGAUUCUUCGCAAGCCAGGUACACAUCCUCAUAUAUGUUGAAUGUCUAGGUUAGUUACUAUAUUUUUGUUUGUUGUGUUCCAUGAAAUGCCUGAAUGAAAUUUAGCAACAAAAGAAUUCUUCUGGCUGAAACUGAGUAUUUGUCAUCAAUGUGAAAUUUGGUAAAACCAACUGAGUUAAAUCUAUAUAAUAUCUUCGAAAAUAAAGUAAUCAAAUAGUUACUUGAUUUAGCUACUAUGGUUGGAGCAAAACCUUUUCUUUUGUUUAGGAAGGUUAGCGAUGAUGUCAUACCUUUGUUGCCACUGAUCUUCUCUCCAAUCUCCACUUGAAGCUGUAACCACUUCCAUUAAAUACUAAAGUGUACAACUGUGUAGCAGUCAAGUGCUUCUCCUAAUGCAAAAGCAGCCAUGCUGGUCAAUUUUUACAUUCAGUAUUGUAAGAUUUAUCUGAUAAUCAGGGGCAUAACUUCUAAUUUAACACCAUUUUUUUUUGUUCCAUAAGAGCAUCUUCGACGGUGUUGACUAAAAAUGGUUGGCGAAAUUGGACUUGUAAGACAUUAUGUAAAAUUAGUCGAACCAGUAAGGUAUUUUACUUUGAUGGUAUUGGCUAUGUUGGCUGAUUAUAUUCCAAAAAUGGUAUGUUAUUAUUAUUUCAAGUUGUUAUAAAUAGAAUAUAUUAUUUUAAAAUGGUAAUAGAUAUGUGGAAUCUUGUUACAGGUAUCUAGAGGUUGGCCUAAUAUAGCCAAUAUCAAGAGGUUGGCUAUAAUUAUAGACAAGGGUUUUGUACAAUUGGAGUGGUGAAAUUUAUACACAUUCUCUAUAAAUUUUAUUUUUGGCAUUCCAAUUGCCACCUAGAUAUUUAGCUAAGGGCUUUAUAAGGUUGAAAAUGCUCUAGUAUAUUAAUGGUUAUUAUCAUUGAUAUAUUUCUCUAGAUUCUGUUAAGCAUGUUUAAUUAACCGAUUGAUUAAUAAUUAAUAUUUUUAUAUCGUAUCCUUGAGGUACCGAUCUCAUCACUAUUGACAUUGACAUUAUUUCAUAUUUAUUAUUCGAAGUGUAUUUCUAUCACAUAAAAAAAAAAAUUAAAAACAAUUAUUUUGACAAUAAUAUGAUUUCAGUUUAUUUUUAAUUUUAUUUCUAAUUAAAAUUAUUACAGUUUUGGUAUUCGAACUAAUUUGGAUUUGAUAUCGAAAUAUCUAAAUGUUGGGACUAUAACUAUUUAACCACAUUUGCAAAACCGAAUCCAUCAUAGAUUAGAAGCCCUUAAUUUGAAAUCGAGAAAUGGGGACGAGAGCCGACAAGGGCGAAAGGUUGACAGAAGUGGACUUGUUAAUUGAGGUGCUUUCGAGGCUUCGUGUGAAGCCCUUGCUUCGUUGCAAAUCCGUGUCUAAAUCAUGGUACGCUCUCAUUUCAAGCCCUAAUUUUAUCAAAUCUCAUCUUCAACGUGCAAUCACAAGCUGUGCUGUAGAUGAUGAGGAUGAAAAUAAUCUCAUAGUUCACUACCAUAGACAUUGGGAUCGUCUUGAAUAUAAAGAAGCAGACGGCUCAUUCAAACUCUUUAACCUCGGUAUUGGUUAUACUACGACAAAUCUUAAAUUUCCUUACCCUCAAGGUGAGUAUCCCAUCGAUCCUCCCUCUCUUCUCGUUGGUUUUGUUUGCGGGAUUGCUUGUGUUUGUGUUGAUGACUCUGAUGAUUUCAAUAAAUUCUUUGUGCCUACUGCUAAUCUUCCAAGUAAUAUAUACCUUUGGAAUCCCGCGAUUAAACAAUCUAAACUUAUUCGUCCGCAUACUAUACAUGCUGAUGACAAGACAGAAGUUGCUUUAGGCUUUGGAUUUGAUCCCAUUGAUUUUGAUUUUAAGGUUGUUAGAGUUGCUAGAGAUAUUUCGAGUGCCAUUUUGCCCGAGGUCUAUUCUACAAACAAGGAUGCUUGGAGAAAUAUUGAUUCUAACUUGACUGAUGUACCCUACAGCAGAAGUUUACAGAUAUGCCUCCACGGAUUUUUGCUUACGACUGGAAAUAAUGGUAUGAUAGCUUUUGAUCUAAACAAGGAGGUGUUUGUUUGUGAUAUUAAGCUUCCUGUCAACAUUAGUGGUGGUGGUCAUCGUUUCUUAUAUGAUGCUCGUGUCGUUGUCUUCAAGGAUUCUGUUGCUUUUAUUACCUCUACGUUUUCUAAACCGCAUAGGAUGAACUUGUGGACAUUAGAUGACGAGGCAUGCCUUCGUGGUGGUGGAGUCCAGGCAUCAUGGACUCUAAAGCUUAAUAUUGGUCUUGAUGAAGACUUUUACUAUUUCCAGGGCCUUUAUAACAGCAUUGACUUAUUAUUCCUUUAUAUGGGAAAGUGCUUCCUGUACAAUUUAGACAUGAAUUUGAGCAGAUAUAAAUAUCCUAGAGAGUUUAGUUAUUUUGAAGAAGACGCUUUCAAGUAUUCGGAGAGCCUGCUUUCAUUUGCAGGAUCUAUACCAGUCAACUGGCCUGCUGAUAAAGAAGAUAAUUAUGAAAGUGAAGUGGAUCUGGAAGAUUGUAAUUAUGAUAGCGAAGUGGAUCUGGAAGAUUGUAAUUAUGAUAGCGAAGUGGAUCUGGAAGCUGGUAAUUAUGAAAGAGAAGUGGAUCUGGAAGCUGGUAAUUGUGAAAGCGAAGUGUAUCUGGAAGUUGAUACCGAGGAAAGCAAUGUUGCCUCUGAAGAUGAUAAGGAAAGCAGUGAAGAUUCCGAAUAUGAUCCUGAGGAGAGCAUUACUGAUUCCGAAGAUGAUAAUGUGGAGAGCUACGAAGACGAUAUUGAGGAAAGCUCUGAAGCUGAUAAUGGGGAAUGCAGUGAUGAUUCUGCUAAGUGUCCGGAAAGAAGUGACAGCGGCGUUGUACAGUUUACUUCUUAUAACUUCUUUAGGAAAUCAUUUAAUAGCGAGGAUCAUCUUCCAAGACUUGUAGCCGGCUCUCCAAAAAUUUAAAAAAUGUGGCGAGCUAUGAAGUACUAAAGCCCGGUGGAUAGUGAAGGCUGUCGUAUUGAUACAAGUCUGGAUGAAUAGAUAUGAAAGAUUCUUCACAAGCCAGAGAGCUAUCUUUUAUGUAUUCUUAAAUCAGGAAGAAGAGACUGGCAAUGCUAAUAACAAGACGUGGAUAGUUUGUAUCGACCUAUGAGAUCUAGAGCUAUUUUCUUGAAUGAAGUACAAGUGUACAACUGCGUAGCAGUCAAGUGCUUUCCUAACGCUAAAGCAGCCAUGCAGCUUGGGGAUUACGACAUAGCCCUGGGUAGCUGAAGUGGGAAAAACAGAAAAUGAUAUGUUGUCUUUGCUUCCUCUUUCAACCCCUGCACCUCCACAUAAAUCAGUUCUCAUUGACGAUAUUAAAAUGCCAGAUUUCAAGCAGUUCUUUGAAAGCAAGGGUAUCCAGGUGGAAUUUGCUGGAGUUGGGGCGAUGAGAUGUGAGGAGCAUGUGACACUGCGAAAGGUUGGGGAUGCAAGUCAGAAGGAUGGUGGUGCUACCAUUCAACAAAUCGGUGAUUGAAGGUCCCUUGUCGGCUUGUCAAAGGAAUAUCACUUUAUCAGAAACUAUAUAUAUUCACAAUUUUAUUUACUUUGAUCCUGAGCACCAUACGAAAUUGUAAUUUUCUGUAGAAUGUUAGCAGUCCUCACUCUUCAGCCGUCUGUUGUUUAUCUUUAGUGUAUGUGAGCAUUCACGUCGGGAACCCAAUCCAUAUCCCUAUAUAUUUACUAAAAACAGCAAGUCCUCAAAAAUUUCCCUAAAAUUAUUAGCUCUUA